UUUUGUAGGACACAGAUUCGAGGCACCUGAAACUAUACAUUUGAUGCUGGAGCCGGGAAUAUGUUCGAAAGAUGAUGAAAUUGACAGCAACUGUGUUGUGAGGGCUCGAGGAUUACCGUGGCAAAGUAGUGACCAAGAUAUAGCAAAAUUUUUCAGAGGAUUAAAUGUUGCAAAAGGUGGUGUAGCAUUGUGUCUGUCGGCACAAGGAAGAAGAAACGGAGAAGCACUUGUAAGAUUUGUAAGCCAGGAACACAGAGAUAUGGCGCUCAAAAGGCAUAAGCACCACAUUUCAAAUAGGUAUAUCGAAGUUUACCGAGCAUCCGGAGAUGAUUUUCUCUCUGUUGCCGGUGGAUCAAGUUGUGAAGCGCAGGCGUUUUUGUCAAGAGGUGCAGCUGUUAUUGUUAGAAUGAGGGGCUUGCCCUAUGAUUGUACUGCUAAACAAGUUUUGGACUUCUUUGCCACGGGAGAAAAUUCUUGUACUGUACUAGAUGGGACAGAGGGGGUUCUCUUCGUGAGAAAACCAGACGGUAGGGCCACUGGUGAUGCCUUUGUUCUGUUCGCUAAUGAAUCCGAUUCACCCAAAGCUCUCUCGAAACAUAGGGAAUGUAUAGGUUCUAGAUAUAUUGAACUGUUUAGAUCAACAACUGCCGAAGUUCAGCAGGUCCUUAACAGGUGUUUGGAUCCUAAGACUUACGAGCAGCAAGCACCUUUAAUCGCUCAAUUACCUCAGGUGCCUUUAUUGCCACAACAUAUUAUUACUUCUGGAACCAGAAAAGACUGCAUUAGGUUAAGAGGAUUGCCUUAUGAAGCCCAGGUUGAACAUAUUUUGGAUUUCCUGGGUGAUUUUGCCAAAAACAUAGUUUUUCAAGGGGUCCACAUGGUUUACAAUGCUCAGGGCCAACCCAGUGGUGAAGCCUUCAUUCAGAUGGACUCGGAACAAUCAGCUUUCAUAACUGCACAGCAAAAACACCAUAGGUACAUGAUAUUCGGCAAGAAACAGAGGUAUAUUGAGGUGUUCCAGUGUUCUGGAGAAGACAUGAAUCUCGUUUUAACUGGUGGUAUCCCGGCACCGGUCUCUCCAGCCAAGGCAGCUCCAGCACUUCUCAGUCCUGGUGGUAAUAUUUUGCCGACGCCAUUCCAUCCUGGACCCAAUUUUCCGGGUUACGCACCUCUACAGCUGGCGGCUACCAUUGACCCGAGACAGUUUAUGCAUCCACAAAUAUUCUAUUGGCCCUACCCGAGUCCUCCGGUGUCUCCGACGAACUAUUAUCCGACUAUUCCACCUCCUGGAGCCCUGUCACCUCAGCAAAUACAGCAGCAACUGUUACCUCAUGACUGUGCCCCUAUACCGCAAAUGGCCCCCAUUCCAACUAUAGAUGCUAGAUUUAUGACCGAGAAUAUGCUCAGACCCGACUCUGAUAAGGAAGCCAGGUCCAACGUGCCCCACAAUCAGUACGUAGAGAUUAUAAUUUGAAGAUUAUUAGUUGAAUUGAUAGGUGGCGUCUUGAAUGUUGCGCUUCCUGAAGAAACUGAUCGCUAUAAUGAAAUCCAGCUACAUCUUUGAUCCUGCUCUUAUUAAAUCAGUUCUUCUAACUGUAUUCUGUCAAAUCCACUAUAUCCUCGCAUAAACAACCUAGCAGUGUUUUCAAGAUCUGAUUUGGCACAAGAGGAAGGAGUGAGGUUAUAUCAGAAAGUAGUCGCACAGAGCAGGCGUUGGAUGUAAUCUAAGUUCAAUAUAGCAAUCAUUUUCCAACCAAAACUUAGUUUUGUUAUUACAAAAUUCGUUAGAUAGAAACACUCUAGUGACAGAUUAUUUUUAUUUGCACAUAUCAGAUUCAUCUAGUUGUAUAGAUACAAUCAUAUAUAAAUAAUAAUUAUUUAAAGUAAUAUAUCACAGAUUAAUAUAUUUAAUUGUUAAUAACAUACAUAUUUAUGUUUGAACAGAUGAUCCUUAGUUGUCCCAAGUAAAAAUAUGUCAUUGUAACAGAAUGAUAGUAUAUUGAGUAACAAGUGCGAGGAGCUCAAGUUCAAGCACGAGUGUUUGCAACACUCCUAUUCAGCUCAUGUUGAAAACUGUACGACUGUAUACACGAUUUAACGUGUGUGUUGCAAGACAUGUUGAACAAAUGGACACUUUAUAAGAGCAUAGGCUUUCACGGCCGGGGUCAUGAUUAAAGAGAACAAAACCCGGGCUAGUAGGCCGUUGUCGAAUGGGACGUGUCGUCUGUUACUGCGGCAAAAAUCAUCAGUAGUAUGUGCGUUGACUGCGAUGACGAAGGUUGUAUCUCGAAGUCUCAGCAUCUACGUAUUUAUGAUUCCAGCGAUGAUGAGGCGUCCAUGCAGAGCAUUUGCAUGGACGCCUCGUCAUAGUCCCUAUCAUCAGCCACACCACCAUAGCCAUCAAUACCCCCACCAUCCUCUGAAAUUAUAAAUACCAGGAAACGCGUGGCUCACGAGUUGGUCGCUUCGAAAUUUCGAAAUAUAAUCUUGGUUCUCACAGACAACGCACAUAUCACUAAUGAUGGCUGCCGCAGUAUCAGACGAAACGUUUGGUACUUCAGGUUCCUUUCGAUCUCGGCCUACCAGCCCCCAUGUGUGAAUGUGAACUUUUAUCGCGACUUCAAAAUAAGACAUAAGACAUGAAAGCAUGUCGUUUUCGCACAAUGAUUUUACUUUGUGUUGUCAUACAUUUUUGGAAUAUUCAUACAUUCUCAGCAGUUUGCAUUGUUGGAGGUGGCAUUUAUUUCUGUGAGUAUCACUUGUUUCAAUUUCUGAAUCAGAAUGUAUAUUAAUUAUACUUGCGGUAUUCUUUAGCAAUCGGAAAUUGAUAAUUUAGGUACUAACUCACAUUGAAGUUAUUAGAUGAUUGUGAAACCACAGCGAACCAUUUAGUUUCAAAUUGUGCAAAAUGUUUUUAAUAUCAAAGAAUAUAUUGCAAAUCAUGAAAUUAUAAAACAAUAAAAAUUAAUUGGCGCUCCGGGGCGACUUCAUUGAUUCCAGUGGCGCAUUUGCUUUUUCACACAUGAGCGUAGAAGCCGGGAUUUAGGUUUGACAAGGGAAAGAGUUAAACGUCAUAAUUUUCUAGUUGAGGCCAAUGCAAGCAGGCGUUUCUUUACCUAUUUCUAGAAAGCAAAUGAGUUAUGAUUGUGUAGUAGAUUUUACCGUGAAUUAGACGGACUUUUCUUGGGACAACUAGGGCGUUCAUCAUCAGAGAGAAUUUCUAAAAAUAUAGAUGAUUCAUCAUAAGAACUUUCAGUAAUUUUUUAAAAAACAAUUUUGACACGGUACAUUUUAUCUUUGUAUCUGAUUUUUCGCGGAAUCGAUGACAGAUCAAAACAAUAUAAAUGUCAGCAUCAUCAAUAUAAUAUUUUCCUAUCCAGUUUGACGUCAUACAUUUUAAAAUAUUUUUAAUAGUAUUUGUUUUAGGUGAAAAUUUUAUUGUUCUUCUAAUUGAACGAUUUAUAUAAUUUAGGAAGUUAUUUGAUUGAACAACAAAAUUGCCUUGUCUUCCAAUUUAGAGUAGAUAUUGACAGCCGUCUCGCACUAGGGAUGAUUUGGUGUUAUACUGAAAAUUUUGAUUAUUUCUUUGAUAUUAUUUUUGAGAUUGCGGACUUUUGUUAUUACAUUCACCCUUUCAGAUAUUGAUUGAUAUAACAUUCUGAUAUUAUCUGUGAAUUAAUUGUUUUCAUAGAAAUCAAUUUUGGUUCAUUUAAUAUCCACAUACCACUUGUGGAAUUUCAGUUGAAAUUCAGUUUCUUCUAAAUGAUAAUUUCAAAGUUUUCAGUGCUAUGCCAAAUAUGAUUCAGAGUCCUUAUAUUCCAGUAAUAAUGAGAGAAAAAAAUGUAUUUUUAAAGCGGAGCAUGGGACUUGAAUUAUAAUUUAUUCUACAGGCAUAUCUGUUUUUCAGUACGGUACAGUCUUGAUUAGUUUUUUGUCUUCUGUUCGAAAUAUUAAACAAAUGAAUUACUUUGAAUUUGUGUAUUCAUCAAAUGCGAUAUGAAUCGCAUUGAUCCUAAAGAAAUUGAACAAACGCUUUUAGCCUGAAAAUGGAUUUUUUUACACUUUAUAUCCAGUUUAGGCAUCCUUAGGGGAUAAAGCGAAUCAAAUUCGCCGAAAUAGGCGCGACUUAUUAUUCAAAAAGUUUCAAUGAGAUUGUACUCCUAUGUUAUCUUUCGUGAAAUGGAUUGUAUUGUAUCCCUACUUCUCAAAUUGGAUGUGCCGUACUGAUGAACGUGAUUUGCCUAUAUACAGGGCCUCCAUAAACAGAAAGCCUCGCCUAUACUGCUUAAUUUUUAUGUGAUUUAGCUGUUAGUGAAAAUUAGUGUAAUAUUUUUAUUCACAACGAAUAGGUUACAUUAGUACCAACAAAAUUUCCUUCAAAGCUCAAAAGCAACAGAUAAUGUUACAUGUGCAAUAAUAUAAGAUAUAUUUUGAAUUUAUGAAUAAGUGAUAUGUUAUACGACUUUAUUAUAUUUCAUGAAAUCCAGUUUCAAUUUUGCACGUAGUUCGUGAUAUUCCUAUUUGUUUUCAAAACUCCAUUGACUAUUAUGCAACAGAUUUUGUUGGAAUAAGAUGCAGUCAUGAUAUUGUUUUAUAAUAUUUGGUAGAUUACAUAAAAUCUUCCUGAUAUAAUUUAGUCGAAUUAGUACCUAUGUAUACUUAAAAUUAGUUUAUCUCAAUGACAUUAUUAUUAAGUAACUUUGAUUAGUCCGUAAGCCUUUGUUACUUUUUUAUGUGAUUCAUAUUUUUUGUUCUUCGAGAACAAAAUAGUAACUAUUUACUUCUGAAUGUUGAACAAUACAGUAUGUUCAAAAAAAUAAGUGAAAAUAUCUUCUAGGUAAAUAAUUAUUCGAACUUCCUUUUCUGAUUCACACGUAGAAUCAAAACUAGAAAUUUGAACAGAUAAUUUUGAACAGAGAAAUUUGAACGGAUACGUUCGCUGAUAGUCAGUAUGAUUUUAAUAUAAGUAAAAAUUCAUUACACCAAGACAACAACCUGAAACGAAUUUCUGUUUUGUCUACGUUCAAUCCUUUCCGCUCUAUUAUCCUGUUUUUGUUUUCAUGUUAUAAUAAAUAAUUAUUAAAAUUAUCAACUGUUGAA